AAUAGUUCAAAUCAGUCAUAAACCCUAGUACAAGUUCCAGCCACCCAAUUCUUCCCCCCUCUCUCUAAAACCCUAAAAAACCAGAAGAACUCACCACCCCCAAAUAAUUUCUCCAAUGGAUAUUCAGAACAAUGUCGAUGCUGAAGACAGCCUAAACAUGGGAGUCGCAACGAAAAUCAGGUUCGAGUACGAGGAUGACGAAGUGGAAACCAUUGAAGAAGUCGCCGCCUCGAGCUCGAAUCUCGAGGAAGACUCCACCAUGUUCGAGCCGGAGGAUUCGUUGCUUACCGGCGAUGAGAAGACCAGCGCCGAUUAUUACUUCGAUUCCUACUCACAUUUCGGUAUCCAUGAAGAAAUGUUGAAGGAUUCAGUUAGAACGAAGACGUACCAAAAUGUCAUUUAUAAGAACGCAUUUCUUAUCAAAGACAAAGUAGUCCUUGACGUGGGUGCUGGGACCGGAAUCCUCUCACUUUUCUGUGCCAAAGUUGGCGCGAAACAUGUUUAUGCGGUGGAAUGCUCUAGUAUGGCUGAUAUGGCUAAAGAGAUUGUUGAUAAAAAUGGAUUUUCAGAUGUUAUAACAGUUCUAAGGGGAAAGAUUGAAGAGAUUGAGCUUCCAGUUGCUAAAGUUGAUGUUAUUAUUUCCGAGUGGAUGGGUUAUUUCCUGGUCUAUGAAAACAUGUUAGACACUGUACUCUACGCUCGUAACAAGUGGCUUGCACAAGAUGGACUUGUAUUGCCAGAUAAAGCGUCCCUUCAUUUAACAGCAAUUGAAGAUGCUGACUACAAGGAAGAAAAGAUUGAAUGUGAGGAAUUGAGUAACAUAUUCUCUAUGAAUACAAUUGAGAGAUAUGCAGAACGGAAGCUGAGGAUGGAUAAUAUAACUGCAGUAUAA